CUCAUAUUCAGCUUCUCCAAUACUGCUGGUGUUACCAGGUACACCGUUUUGUUACACACUCGUGGGGCAAAUCACAUUUUCACAGGAGUUAAGAGGAAGGACGUGCUCAAGCUCUGAGAGAUCUAAUGGCCACAAAAUAUCAGCCUGGAGAUUCUUCAACUUACAGCACAUCAUUUAAUUUUCUGAGUUGGGUUCCACUGAGCACAGUUUUCAUAGCUAUUAAUGGACCAUGCGUUUACUUCUGGGUUCGCCGUAGUGACGAUAACAUCCAGAUGAGGCAGGUACACGUCAACGAUUAUAAGUUUGAGGAUGAAUUGGAAUGUUUCAUCCAGCAGCUGAACGAAACUGUUCUGAAAGAGAUCCGUGAAAGAGAUACUGUUAAAAUCGAAAAUCUUCCUCCUGAUUCGCCGACAGUAAAGAAAAUGGCCGAUGAUGUGAUCCGAGUUGAUGUGAGGCACUCCCAAUCAAGUGCUUUAAAGAAGCUGCAUGACAUCAUUGUCGCUCCUAUUGCUGACCUGAUCGAAGGCAACGAGAUAACAUUCGUUCCUGAGGGGCAAUUUUGCCUUGUGCCUUUUGCAGCGUUGCAGGACUCCAACUCAUCAUAUCUAAGUGAUUCUUUCAGAAUUCGUGUGCUUCCCUCUCUGACGACGUUGCAACUAAUUCAUGACUGUCCAGCUGACUUUCACAUGAAGACUGGUGCAUUACUUGUCGGCGACCCAUGUUUCAAACACAUCAUCUCUGAGGGAAAACUCUUGGAGCAACUUCCAGGAGCAAGGAAAGAAGUGAAGAUGAUCGAACGUAUCCUCAAUGUUUCCCCCCUUACUGGAGAAAUGGCAACAAAACAUGAAGUGUUAAAACGAAUAUCAUCAGUGGCGUUAGUUCAUAUUGCAGCGCACGGUAAAAAGGAAACAGGAGAAGUUAUCCUGGCACCAAACACCACAAGAGAUAACCCUCAGCCGCAAGAGAAAGAUUAUCUACUGACGAUGAAAGAUGUCAUAGAAGCUGGGUUGCGAGCACGUCUGGUUGUACUUAGCUGCUGUCACACUGCUCGUGGAAAGGUCAUGGCCGAGGGUGUGGUCGGCAUGGCGCGUGCACUUUUGGGUGCCGGUGCCAGAUCUGUUGUGGUAACCUUGUGGGCGCUUGGCGACGAGGGAACCCUGGAGUUCAUGAGUUUCUUCUACGAUGCACUUGCCAAAGGCAAGAAGGCAAGUGAAGCUCUCAAUCAGGCCAUGAAGUGUAUGAGAGAAAUUGAAAAGUUCAAGGAGGUGAUUUACUGGGCACCAUUUGUACUCAUUGGUGACGACGUCAACCUGGAUUUCAAGGAUAUUUCGAAGCUGGAGGAAUUAAGGCAGUGAGCAUUGGAAUCCCAGGGAGUUUUAGGAUACCUGCAAACGCAGAUAUUUGGACCAUAAACCAGUAAGCUACCGAUGAAAUAUUUGUCAAGAGUC